AUGAACCCAAAUCCCCGUGGCUCUCCUGGGGGCGGCCUGCACGGCUGUAAGCCAUUCCGACAGCUGCGGUAUUACAGCGCCGAGAGGCAGAGGCAGUCAAAUCCAGGGGAUUUCAGGAGAGUGAUGUGCCUUUACUCCCUGUCCUACCUCCUCCUCCUGUCACUGGGCACCUGCUUUCCUCUAGUGGACAGAGAUGAGCCUGGAGAGACCAUGGGUGGCAUCAGAGCUGAGAUGCGCUGGGCUGAGAUGGCCCGGGGGCACCGACCUAACUUCGUGUGGGGCUCCUCCCGGCAGCCAAGAGCUCCCCAGCCGCUGGCCCUGCUCGUCAUAGCCAAAGAGCUGCCGAGUGCCAGUUUCCGGUUUCGGUUUGGGAGGCAGGAUGAUGGCGGCGAGGCCACCAGCUUUCUCCCAGCUGAUGGCGAGAAGGCCAGUGGCCCACUGGGCAACCUGGCCGAGGAGCUCAACGGCUACAGUAGGAAGAAAGGUGGCUUCAGCUUCCGCUUUGGCCGGCGGUGA